CUUUUCAUCGGCAACCGCGCUCAAGCAACAAACUGGGAUCUCGUUUCCUCUCUGAACAUCAAGUACAUCGUGAACGCCUCCCGCGAUGGGAGCAGCCCUUUUCCCUCGAUCCAGUACUUCACCUGCCCUAUCACAGACACGGAAAAAACGGACCUGAGCGAGGCAUGCCGGCUCAGCUGGGAUUUCAUCGAGAGCGCGUAUCAGCAUUCUCCCGCAGGGGCAGUGCUGGUGCACUGUGCCAGCGGGAUAUCGCGAUCGGUUGCGCUGGUUGCUCACUAUCUCAUGAGGAAGGAGUGCAUCUCCUACGACGAGAGCAUGAGAAGGAUACGCAUCAAGCAUCCAGCAGCGGCUCCGAACGCAGGCUUCACACUCCAGCUGCGACUGCUAGAAGCUUCCUUCAGG